AUGGCGAACCAGGGUCGGAUGCACAUUGGGUUGCCCGGAGUCCCAGAGGGUCCCGACCAUGAUCUGGAUGAAAGUCCAGCCAAAAAGUCGAAGCAGGCUGAGCGUGAGCAGGGCGAGGUGGGGCUGACCAUGAGCUCUUUCAAGGAACUCCUUAGUGGUGCUCUCCGGGAGCAAUCGGAUGCAUUGCUCCAAGCCCAGCAAAUGCAGAUUACCACUUCCCUUCGUGCAUUUGAGGAACGACAAGGGCACCGAAUGGAUCGGAUUGAAGAACACGCUCAGGCGCAGGCCACCAAGGUCGACUCUCUGGAGGCCCAGCUCAAGGAGAUGAACGAGCGUCUCUCCAGGGUCGAGUCGCGACCGGUGGGAGGCAGUGGAGCUGGAGGCCCUGAUAGAAAGUCUACAUUGGUGUUUGGUGGAUGGUCCCAGAAUACGCGCAAAAACAUCCUCUUGGAGCAGCUUCGCCAAGCCCUGCAUGGAUUGGGCCUGUGGGGGCUGCUGGAUAAUGACCCUUUCUGUACGGGGGCUCGUCGUUCAGUUGCACUAUGCGCUUUCCGGCGAAGGCCUGAUGAGACAGAGGGACAACCAAGGGCGCGCAUGCUCCAGGUGCUGCAGGGGGUCAAUGCAGCUCAGGUCUCUAUCGAAGGGGCGGUUAAGCCGCUCUGGUGCAGCUUUAGCAAAAGCCCCGAGGAAAGGGGCAGGGCGGCACUGGCAGCUGUGGUGCGAAAGGUGGUCCUGCGCUUCGCCCCGGAGCGGGCCGCUGACUUGGACCUGGAGUAUGGCACAGGCAGGACGUGGAUAAAGGAGGACCAGCUGACCGGGAUGGACGAUCCGCCUCCUGACGUUAGGCACUCUCGAGAAGUGGUCACUCGUGGAGGCCGUGGAUGGAUCGACGAAGCCACGCUUGCAAGGUGGAUGGAGGUGGACCUGGAGGCCGUGAAGCAGGUCGAUUCUCCUAUGGGAGAGGGUGUUUUUCUGCCGGCGCCCAGCUUGACCAAGGAGCCCCUGUCGGCGGAGAUUGCUCAGAAACCGGCUGGCAGUUGCUUCUCUGUGUGGGGCUGGAACGUGGGUGGCGCCGAACUGGCCUCACUGCCUAAGGCAGUGCGAGACUCAGCAGCGAGACCGCUCGGAAAAGAAGACCUGGUCGUCUUGCAGGAAGUGCCCCGAGAGAAGCAGGGAUGGUGUUUUCAGGAACUCGCAGGGCGAAAGGUCGUGACACACCGUACAGCAGAUCAGUGGAGAGGCACGGGGCUGUGGUAUGAUCCAGGGGUGUGGUGUGUGCUUCGCAAGCUCGGGUCAGGCCGGGGUUCGUGGUUCAAGGUCCGGCACCUGGAGAAGCCGUUGGAGCUGUGGAUAGGGACUGCUCACUUCUCACCAGGGGCCACAGUGGCAGGGUAUGAGGAGGAGGUCCAUGAACACUUCCGGCAUCUUCCGAAGAGUGCUCAUAGGGUGGUCUUUCAGGGUGACGUGAACAGUGCCUUCGGCUGGACAGUAUCUGGGGACGGGAUCACGGAGGUGGCCAGAGAAGGGAAGAGUAACAUCCUGCACAAGGUCUUUGUUGAGCGCGGUUUGAGUAUGACCCCGCCCUCGUGUUCUCAGAUCCAGACCCCUACCAGCCGUCCCCGCCAGGAGGGCCGACAAGGGCAAUGCAUUGAUGUCAUGGCAGUUAUGCAUAUGCGUGUUCAGUCAUGGCGCAUCAUGGAAGAUUCCUACAUGACCAUUGGCACUGACCAUGAGUUGACGGAGGGCAGGUUUGUUGUGGAUGAGCGACGAGAGCACCGAAGACAUGAGACUAGGCCGAGGGUUUGGACGGGAGGGGUGACUGUCAUUGAGAGCAUGGACCAGAAUGUCGUCUCGGACCUCGCUCGCAGAUGUACGAAACCUGUCCAAGGGCAAGGGUACAGGGAUCCGGUGCAAGUUCGGAAGGCUUUUAAAGAAGCUAAACACUCUGGUUCCUCGGCGAAGUGGAAAUCAGCACUCAAACUCCGGCGUGAGGCCAGACAACAGUGGGAAUUUGAGCGCUUAGUGCGUGCAAGCCAGGGUGAGUGGCACACCUUUCGCGCACUCAAACCACGUCGACAUGAGGGGUGGGACAUCGGGUUCGCAGAGGCACAGAUGGGUGAUCCGCACGAUGUGAUCCAUGAGCACUUGGCAGGGGUCUACAAGGGGAGUGGGGUUCAAGGGGCGGAACCGUGGAGAGGCGAGGUCAACGCCUUCACCCUUGAGGAGCUGCGCACCGGGGUAGGCCAGAUGAAAAAAGGGAAGGCUGUGGGCGCGGACCUGACUUCUACGGAACUUCUUCUAGGGAUCAUGGAGGUCAAGGGUGGGCCGGAACAUUUGUUGGAAUGGUACAACCGGAUCCUUGUGACGGGGGACAUCCCCACUGAGUGGAACGAGCCCAUCAUGAUCCUCCUUCCUAAGGUGCGACUACCUACUAAGGCAAAAGAGCUUCGCCCCAUCGCUCUGGGAUCGUCUGUGUCAAAGCUUUUCAGCAGGCUUCUGGUGAACCGUGCUCUACAUCAGCUUAGGCCUCAAACUUACUCCCAAUGUGCUGGUCCAGGAAGACAAACCUCCGAUUUUCUGUACACCAUCAUCCGGUUAUUUGAACUCGCCAGGGAAUGGGGCAAUCCGUUGGUGGUUUUCAAGAUGGAUUUGGAGAAAGCAUUCGAUAGCUUGGAUCGUGAAAUGCUUUUGAGCAGAUUGGAGGAGAAGAUCGGCCGGGGUGCGGAACUAACCUGUUGGCGCAACCUCCUUCGGGAAACAACGGGUUUACUACAGUCACCGUGGGGAAGUUCGAGGGUUCCGAUGGACAGGGGAAUAAAACAGGGCGCAGUCGAAUCGCCUGUCCUGUUUGCGUACAUCGCAGAGCUGGUGCUGUCAGAAACCGUGCAUAAGUACUCCUGGCGUGGCAUGCCUCCCCUAUACGGCGACCUCCCGCCGGAGGAAAUGAUGUUCAUGGACGACGGCCUCAUGUGGAAUGGAUCCCUCCCAGUUGUCCAAACUAGAGCACAACAACUCUCGAUCGAGUUUGCCAGGUACGGUCUUCGGAUGAACCCCGCCAAGUGCCAACUCUAUGUGACACCGAAUGUCCCAGGUGAACACUCGAUCGUCCUGAACGGCUCUAAGGUGGUGGCCGCCCCGCAGCUCGAGGUCAUGGGUCUCCCCCUCCGGGUUGGGAUGUCUAUGUAUGAGCUCGUGAGUCCAGCUGCCACACGUGCCCGAUCGAAGUUCUGGGAGCUCAAACAUAUCCUGAGGGCUAAGGGGUAUAUGAAGAACCGUGCCAGGGUUAUGCAGAGAGUUGUGGGUGCCACUGCCCUGUGGUUCAUCUGCUGUGUCCCACCGGACAAAGCCACGAUGACGGCCCUCAACACCACCCAGCUCCAGCUCAUGGUCUGGCUGUUGCGCUUCGCCAAGGCAGCCACUGAGUCGUGGGAGGACUUUAGGAAGCGGGCUUUUCGUGGGGCCCGUGCUGCUCUUCAUUCGGCGGGUCUUGAACGGUGGUCAACUUUGUGGUUGCGCAGAUACUGGCGGUACGCCGGGCAUAGGGUUCGCACGGUGUUAUCGGAGCAUCCCCCGAUCAGUUGCGAUUUCGAGCAUUUUCGAACCCUCCCAUGGUGGAAUCGACAGAAGGCCCUCCCACAAGGUCAAGGGGUGAAGCACAAGGGACACCACUUUGCCCGCCUCACCCAACUGGAGCAGAACAUGGACCGAGUAGCAGGGCAUCCGUGGAGGGUAAUGGCACAUGACCGCAAUGCAUGGAGGAACAAGGAAGACGCUUGGGUGGCACACAUGGAUGUACCGUGGUCCUCAGGACGCCAACUUGCCCUCGGUGACCGCUAG